CAAACAAGAGCUUUCUCAAUCUGAACCAAAAGCCUCUUUUUCUUUUUUCUCAAAAGGUUUCUUUCUCUUACUCUCUCGAAAAGUUUCUGUCUCUGCUGCCAUGGCGGUGGCAGAGCUAUCAUCUUCCUACACCAAGACCCACUUGCACUCAUCCUAGCUCUCAUUCUUGUUGACCCGUCUCGCCAAUCAUCGCCACUGCGCUUUUCGACCGUUCCCUCGAACACGAAGCGCUGCCAUAGUAAGCUUCUUAUCAAUACCCACCAAUUCUUUCCUGAGACCAUCGUUUACUCUCGUGGUUUUGUUCUCUUGGUAAUUCUUAGUCAAGUUCAAGCUCCGGCCCCAAUGGAAGCUAAGGACCCCAAGAAUAAGCCGAUUGCUACAGUGUGUUCUGCCUCCUCUAUGAUCUCAAGGCCCUUUCAGGCGUCGCCUGCUCGAUCGAUCUUCCUCUCAUCCUGCAUGCAUGCUAUCAUGGCCAAUCUUUCUCGAACAUCAUCGUCCUUGGAAGAAGACGUUAACACCACCGUGAUUGCCAUCGACAAAGAUAAGAACAGCCAAUAUGCCGUCAAAUGGGCAGUCGACAACCUUCUGACCCAUAGCUCUCAUUGCAUUCUCAUCCACGUCCGGAGCCAGAGCUUGCAUCCUAAGGAUUUUGAAAUUGCCCCCAGAGAAGGUCGCCCUCCAACUGAAGCUGAGCUGCAACAAUUCUUCCUUCCCUACCGCGGCUUCUGCGCUCGAAGAGGGAUUGAAGCACAAGAGGUGAUCCUCCAUGACAUUGACGUUCCAAGUGCACUUAUUGAUUUUACCACUAACAACCCCAUCAACAACAUUAUCAUUGGUGCUUCCAGCCGCAAUGCUCUCACAAGGAAAUUCAGAAAUACAGAUGUUGCAUCCAGCUUACUCAAAUUUGUUCCGGAAUCAUGUGCGGUAUAUAUCAUAUCAAAAGGAAAAGUUCAGACCGUCCGUCCGGCAGGCGGUCGACCUCAAACACCUACAGGCAUAGCAGCUAGUCCAGGCUACCGUCGUUCCCUAAGGGGAGUUGCAAAUUCUCGUGACCCUGAAGAACCAAACAGACCUUCUAUUAGUCGCUGGAGAAGUGCAGGCUCUGAAAGAAGCAGUGAUUCCUUACUGCUGACACCACGUAUCAACAUUGGAUCUAGCAGCAGGGCAAAUUCACCGGCGCUAUCAUUUGACAGUUUCAUCUCAGGGGAUUCAUCCCAAGGAAAUAGUGAUUCUAGCUUGCGAUCAAACUCCUCCGAAAAUUUAGAAUCCGCCGUGGAUAGUCCCCGGAGCUCUAGCUCCUCACAAACCUCAAGAAUUCUGGAGGCCGAGAUGAAGAGACUAAGGCUUGAACUGAAGCAAACUAUGGACAUGUAUAACUCAGCUUGCAAGGAGGCUAUUUCAGCCAGACACAGGGCAAGAGAACUUCAGCAAUGGAAGACAGAAGAAGAACGUAAAUUUGAGCAAGCCAAGCUUGCUGAAGAAGCUGCAUUGGCUUUGGCAGAAGUGGAGAGGCAUAGGACGAAGACUGCCAUGGAAGCAGCCCAUAUGCAACAACGGCUAGCAGAAAUGGAGUCAAAGAAGAGAAAGAGCGCAGAAAUAAAGGCCAGGCAAGAGGCAGCAGAGAGGAAGAAAGCAACGGAAGCAAUGUCCCGCGGCCUUGUCAAAUAUAGAAGAUACACUAUCGAAGAGAUUGAAGUUGCAACCGAUCAUUUCAAUAAUUCGCUGAAGAUUGGUGAAGGUGGAUAUGGACCUGUCUAUAAAGGCUUGCUUGAUCACACUCCUGUUGCCAUCAAGAUCUUGAGGCCAGACUUAUCACAGGGGCAGAAGCAAUUCCAACAGGAGGUUGAAGUUCUAAGUUCCAUGAGACACCCUCAUAUGGUUCUCCUUCUAGGUGCCUGCCCAGAGUACGGUUGCCUUGUGUACGAGUUCAUGGACAAUGGCAGUUUAGAAGACCGGCUCUUCCGGAAAAACAACACUCCUCCGAUAUCAUGGGAAUCUCGUUUCAGAAUAGCUGCUGAAAUCGCCACCGCUCUUCUUUUUCUUCACCAAACAAAACCAGAGCCCCUGGUGCAUCGUGAUCUGAAGCCAGCAAACAUUCUGUUAGACCAAACUUACCUGAGCAAGAUAAGCGACGUGGGUUUAGCCCGACUGGUUCCGCCAUCUUUAGCUGACAGCGUCACUCAAUAUCACAUGACUGCAGCAGCUGGCACAUUCUGCUACAUUGACCCCGAGUAUCAACAGACGGGAUUAUUGGGUGUGAAAUCAGAUAUAUAUUCAUUAGGUGUAAUGCUGUUACAAAUUAUUACAGCAAGGCCUCCAAUUGGAUUAUCCCACCAUGUUGAGGAGGCCAUUAAGGAAGGAACAUUUGCAGAGAUUCUUGAUCCAACGGUGACCGAUUGGCCCCUCGAAGAGACUCUGUCACUUGCUAAACUUGCUCUCAUGUGCUGUGAGCUUAGGAAGAGGGAUAGACCAAACCUUGCCACAGUUUUGUUACCGGAGCUUAACCGAUUAAGGGAUCUUGGAUUGGUUCAUGGGGCAACUAAGGGUCCGAAGAUUCUCGACGUCCAACGCCCUUAUAGCUCUGAUCCGGAAGUUGUAUCAACUGUGGAUCAGGAGGGAUCAAACGAUUCUAAUGAGGAAAUAACCAUCGAAGGUCGAUCACUAUGAGAAAAAUGUAAAGUUCUUGACCAGAAGAAUAUGGAGCUCAAGACAUGGUUUUGGAAAAGCCAAAUUCCUUUCACGUAGCAGAAUAUGGAGCAGGAGGAGCAGGUUUGGAAGAGCCAGAUUGUUGCCACCUUGCGGGAAACAAGUUGGAAAACCAGCAACCAAGAAACGUAGUACUGAAGGGGCUUUUGGUCGUGUGUAAGUUGGUCUGCAACUAAUGCCCAACUAAGGAAAUUAGGAAAGUCGAGUCAUUUUCAUAAUGAACAUGAAGUUCUUGCAUCUUGUGCUUUUACCUGAUAUGAGCUAAUUCUGAAAACAAUUCUCAAAAUUAGUGUGCAUAUAUACCUAGUUUGUGGUUUCGAAAUGUUUUAAAUCGAAGGUUUUAAAAACCG